ACUUGCAGUCUAUCGAGACCUAAAUCCUGAAUAUGCUAUCUCUUCCACCAGUUCAGCAUAAUGUUGUCCUGCAGUUUUAUAUCAGUAUGACUGUCCGUGCAACUGCGCUCUUUGCGCACUCACUGCAGAGGUAUCCCUUUGUAGUCAUCUCCACGUCUUUCAACUUGCGCAACUUCAACUUAAGCAGCUCCAUAAGCGGACAAGUUAUCUAGGUGAUCGGUAUUGUGGUGUGUUACCUUGCGCAAAACCGGGGACGUUUACUUGCCAACGAAGUGUCUAUUGCCAGUUAUGAGCUGCGUAUGCAUGAUAUCCGAGGCUUCUGAUCCUUGUUAUCGUGGCUGGGGAUAAUCGUUUGGUGGUACAUCGAAGCGUGUUUUUUGGUGUGCCGUAGCAAUUGUGGCACAAGUGGCGAAAGGUACCGAUCCGCCGCUGCGUCCCCCCGUCUCCGGCGAUGCCUGCCCACCGGAACUCCGCAGCAUCAUGGAGCACUCGUGGAGUGAUGCACCGGAGUCGCGUCCCACCUUGAAAGACAUUAAAGGCCAGCUGAAGAAAAUCCCCGGCGCUGAGCAAAGCAAUCUCAUGGACAGACAAUCUGAUGAAGCGUAUGGAAGCAUACGCCACGGAUCUGGAAGGUCUUGUCAUGCUGCGUACGGAGAAGGUCUAUCAGGAAAAGCAGAAGUCGGAAAAUCUCCUGUUCGAGGUGUUGCCACGAUCGGUGGCGAACCGCUUGAAGCAAGGAGAAACCGUGGAACCAGAAGCGUACGACGAGUGCUGCAUUUAUUUCAACGACAUUUUCGCAUUCACCACGCUGUCGGCGUCUAGCACGCCGUUGCAAGUGCUUGAUCUGUUGAAUGACCUUUGCACACUGUUCGGCGGCGUUCUGGAUGGUUUCGAUGUGUAUAAAGUGGAAACGAUUGGCGAUGCAUAGCGCAUAUAUGGUGGUCAGUGGCUGCCCAUCCGCAAAGGUAAUCUGCACGCUCGCGAAAUCGCUCGCACCUCCCUGAUGCUGAUGGAAGGGAUCAAACUUUAGAUCCGCCAUCGUCCCACGAAGCAACUGAAACUGCGUAUUGGGAAUCACUCCGGACCCGCUGUCA